AUGAGUGCGAUACUGUCGGCUGACGACUUGAACGACUUCAUCUCGCCAGGAGUCGCAUGUAUCAAACCAGUUGAAACACUACCAGAAACCAAGAACCAAGAAAAUGCCUACGAAGUAACAACGGAAGACAAGGUCGAGCCCACCGAUCUACCGCCUGCACAGAUCUCUUUGACGGAUUGCCUGGCAUGUUCGGGCUGCGUCACAUCCGCCGAAGCGGUACUGAUCUCGCUUCAGUCCCAUGCUGAGGUGCUCAACACCCUUGAUGCUUACCCGGAAAUCCCUUUGAUUCGCGAUCAAAAUGGGACGAUGAUUAAUAAUGCCGAGGAUUCUGGACAGGGAAAGAUCUUUGUGGCCAGUGUCAGCCCGCAGGUCCGGGCUAGCUUGGCCACAACUUAUGGAAUCUCGGAGAAAGAAGCGGGGUACAUGAUCGACCAGUUGCUCAGUGGGCCACAGGGUCUGCGCAGUGGGGGCAAGAAUGGCAAUGGGUUUACUUGGGUCGUAGACACCAAUGUCAUGCGGGAGGCCGUUCUCGUACUCACUGCAGAUGAGGUUUCAGAGUCGCUCAGCUCCGGCGAGGGGGAAAGCUCUCUACCCAAGCGCCCCAUCUUGUCUUCGGCAUGUCCCGGGUGGAUUUGCUAUGCGGAGAAGACACACCCAUUUAUCCUCCCUCACCUCUCCCAGCUCAAGUCUCCACAAGCCUUGUCAGGAACGUUCCUCAAGACGGUUCUGAGCAAGUCUCUGGGAGUUGAUCCCUCCCGAAUUUGGCAUUUGGCGGUGAUGCCUUGCUUUGACAAGAAGCUGGAAGCCAGUCGGGAGGAACUCACAGACGUCACAUGGCGCCAGGGAGAUCACUCAAGCUCUGAAGCCGCGCCUGUUCGCGACGUAGACUGUGUGAUCACUGCUCGCGAAAUCCUCUCUUUGGCUUCUUCUCGGGGUUUCUCACUGCCAAGUCUACCUUUGCAGCCUCUCCCGUCAUCUUUUGCCCCGCCCUUCCCCGAAAAGACCCUUGAAUCUUUUGUCUCGUUCAAACGAACUCGAUCAGAACAGUCCCUCGCGACAGGUACCUCAGGAGGCUACCUACACCACGUCCUCAUGACUUUCCAGUCUCGCAACCCCGGCAGCCAACUUGUGAUCAAUCGUGGACGCAACGUCGAUGUCGUCGAGUACGUGCUGAUGUCCAAGGAAAACCAACCAAUCUUGUCAACCGCCCGCUACUACGGAUUCCGAAACAUCCAAAAUCUCGUACGAAAGCUCAAGCCCGCGCGUGUAUCGAAGCUUCCAGGCGCAAACCCCGCCGCGCGCAGGCGCCAGCCUGUAUCCCGGAACGCCGCAUCCAGCGGUGGCGCGGGCUCAGAUUAUGCCUACGUGGAAGUCAUGGCCUGCCCCGGUGGGUGUACGAACGGCGGUGGCCAGAUUCGGGUAGAAGACGCUAGAGAGAUCGUCGGUUCUCAAGGAGAUGGAGCAAGUGAAUCUCUCAAGCCAUCUCCUCACGAACAGCGCGCGUGGCUUUCUCGUGUUGAUGAAGCAUACUAUUCCAUGGAAUCAGAGUCUGAAACAGAGCUAGAAGUUCAGUUGCAGCAGCCUUCAUUGGCCGACAAGGAAGCCAAGAUCCAUGAAGGCUUGCAGCGCUGGUCCCAGUUCAUGGACAUCCCUCUGUCCAAGCUCGCUUACACCACAUAUCGCAAGGUUGAAAGUGACGUUGGCAAGGAUCAAACACCCGCCAACGAUACUACCCGUGUUGUGGAACUUGCCGGGAAGAUUGGUGGAGGUUGGUGA